GAGAGAGGAUGGAGAGGGAGUGAGACCCGGAUGCUGAUGCGAGUGGGGCGAAGGAAGGAAGAGGGGAGAGAAAAUAUCGAUUUACGGCAUGAAAACGGAGUAUCAUACGAGGGGCCUUUACCUUGCGUGAACUAUAAUCAGGAGUGAGGAGAGGGACACGGGAGCUGAUAGUCGUGCGGGCUGAUUCGUGUGUUUUUCACCUGUGUCAGCUGGUGAGGGAGGAGGACACGCCAAAGGAGAGAGGCGAAGAUGCUGUGAUCCGCUACUUGCAGUGAUGUAGGGAGGCAGAGACGAGUGGAAGCUGGGAGGGGGAGGACUACACUUAAAAAAAAAUGGUGGUUUGGCUAGAAAUUCUGACUUCAUUUCGACCUAUUGUGAGAAUGCGGUGGCCGUCCGAUAAAUGUGACCGUUUGGCGAUGCCUAGAAACUUCAGGCGGUGUCGGUUUUUUUGACAGGCGGCGCGCGCGAGACGGCCGUUGGACGAGGCGUUGAGGCUAAAGCUAGCCUCGCUGCUGUGUGGGAGAGCGGCGGCGAGGCUAAAAUAGCAUGUUGUUGCACCUGUGAAAUAGGCCUGACAGUGAGAAUAACAUUGAUUUCAUUUUCUGCGCAAACAACUAAUUAACGCUUUGGACGUUUCCUUGAAAUUCCCGAACAGCAAGUGGCAUAUAAUCUUUCCAGCUGGUGUGAAAACUUGGCUGUUUAAAGGCUAUACCUUUUCUUAUUAACCGUCAGAUAUAGUUACCGUCAUACAAUUGACGGGGCAAGUCAUAGAAAUAAGCUAAUGUACAUAAGUAAAACUCUGUAGUUUGCCUACAUUACCUUGUCAUGUUUUUUUUUUUUUCGGUUAGUGGUCAGUAUUUAGCAUAGAAAACAGCCAGUGAACCUAACUGUCAUCUCAGUUUCUCUGCUGUAAUCUGUCAAAAGCAAGCUCUUUCGUCAAAUAUUCAUGUCCUUUAUACCUUGGUAUAGGCCGCGAACAAAUAUUGCUCAGAUAUUGGUUCAGAGGAACACGCCUAAUUUCUUUUUAAUCAUCAAUGUGUCUAAACUGUUUGACUUGGGCAUUUUUAACAUGUUACUUGUAAGUAACUGAUUAGGUUAAAAAAAAAAGGCUUCCCCUCCAAAUUGAGCAUCAUCCUGUAUCCUACAACAACCUCUGUGUGAGCUGUACAAUAUCACCCUAAUUGCAAAAAUCAAGGAGCAGUACACGCUAUAGUUGUGUAUUAAGUGAGAGCAGUAUGAGUAAGGAACUGUCUCUGAGUCAGUCAGCUCAAUAUGUUGGGCCCUACCGACUGGAGAAGACGCUGGGAAAGGGACAGACAGGACUGGUCAAACUGGGGGUCCAUUGUAUUACGGGUCAGAAGGUAGCCAUCAAAAUAGUCAACAGAGAGAAGCUGUCCGAGUCAGUCCUGAUGAAGGUUGAGAGGGAGAUUGCCAUUCUGAAACUGAUUGAGCAUCCGCAUGUGUUGAAGCUGCAUGAUGUUUACGAGAAUAACAAAUACCUGUAUCUGGUGUUGGAGCACGUGUCAGGGGGAGAACUUUUCGAUUACCUGGUGAAGAAGGGCCGACUAACUCCCAAAGAGGCUAGAAAGUUCUUCAGGCAGAUCAUCUCUGCUUUGGAUUUCUGCCACAGUCAUUCCAUCUGUCACAGAGACCUUAAGCCGGAGAACCUGCUCCUGGAUGAAAAGAACAACAUUCGUAUAGCUGACUUUGGCAUGGCCUCCCUACAAGUGGGAGACAGUCUGUUGGAGACCAGCUGUGGAUCACCACAUUAUGCUUGCCCUGAAGUCAUACGGGGGGAGAAAUAUGACGGGCGGAGAGCAGAUGUGUGGAGCUGUGGGGUCAUCCUGUUCGCUCUGCUGGUGGGUGCCCUGCCUUUUGACCAUGACAAUUUACGCCAGCUUCUGGAGAAGGUGAAGAGCGGGGUGUUCCACAUGCCCCACUUCAUCCCUCCAGACUGCCAGUCCCUGCUCAAAGGCAUGAUUGAGGUCAACCCUGAGAAAAGGCUCACACUAGAGGCCAUCCAGAAACAUCCCUGGUAUCUGGGUGGCCGUAAUGAGCCAUGUCCUGAGCAGCCACCUCCGAGGCGAGUGUGUGUGAGGCGCAUCUUGUCCCUAACUGAGCUGGACCCAGAUGUGUUGGACAGCAUGCACUCACUGGGAUGUUUCAGAGACAGAGUCAAGCUCACACGGGAUCUGCAAUGUGAAGAAGAAAACCAGGAAAAGAUGAUAUAUUACCUACUGCUGGACAGGAAAGAGCGCUACCCUAGCUAUGAAGAUGAGGACUUACCUCCACGCAAUGAUGUAGACCCUCCUCGAAAGCGUGUUGACUCUCCCAUGCUGACGCGCCACGGCCGCUGCCGUCCAGAGAGGAAAAGCCUGGAAGUGCUCAGUGUUACUGAGCAGGGGUCCCCCACCCCACCUCGCAGGGCUCUGGACACAGCUGCCCACAGCCAGAGGUCUCGCUCAGUCAGUGGAGCUUCGAGUGGGCUCUCUUCCAGCCCUCUCAGCAGUCCUAGGUCCUAUCAGAGCCCAGUCUUCACUUUCAGCCAAUCAGAUGUCACUUCUGCCACCGCUUCCCCCCUCACAAAGGAGUCCAAACAGGGAAUCACCACCACUCCUCGUUCAGCACGGGCUAAUGACAAGCUCAAAGCUCCCCCCAACCCAAAGACCCAGACUUUGCCCACCAAAGGACCCACCGACCGACCCCAUCUGCAGCCCAUCAAAUCUUUGCCUCAGCACAACCCAUCCUCCCGAUCGCCUUCUCCUUCCCCACUUCUGUCACCCAUCCCCCGUUUCUUCUUCCCUUCCUCCUCUGUCCUGAAGUCAGUGACUAAGAGCUUCUACCCAAACUCUGCCCACUCUGUGCCGCAGGUCACCCCCCAGGGUUCUCCGUUGCCCACACCCUUGGGCACCCCUGUCCACCACCCUCACCACCCUUCCUCUACCCCGCCCUCCUCUUCCUCGUCCUCGUCCUCCUCACGGGCGGAGGGAGGGGGAGGGGUGGGUUCGCUGUCGCUGACCCCGCCCUCCAGCCCAGGUGGGGGUAGCGGCAUGGCGGCCAGCAGCUCCGCGCACUGGAGGACUCGCCUCAAUUCUUUCAAGAACAACCUGCUGGGCUCCCCCCGAUUCCAUCGGCGUAAACUACAAGUUCCUACAUCAGAAGACAUGUCCAGUCUAACACCAGAGUCUAGUCCAGAGCUGGCUAAGAAGUCGUGGUUUGGGAAUUUCAUCGGCUUAGAGAAAGAGGAGCAGAUCUUUGUGGUGAUCAGAGACAAACCUCUAAGUUCUGUCAAAGCGGACAUAGUCCACGCUUUCCUGUCAAUCCCAUCUCUCAGCCACAGCGUCCUCUCCCAGACCAGCUUCCGGGCCGAGUACAAGUCCUCCGGAGGUCCCUCCGUCUUCCAGAAACCCGUCAAGUUCCAAGUGGACAUUGCCUUUUCCGAGGGCGAGAGGGAGAGGGACAGGGAGAGGAGCGAGAGAGAAGGCAGGAGGGAGACAGGAAUCUACAGCGCCCGAGUCGCAGGUUCAGACGAGUGGUGGAAACGAUUCAAGCUCAGCUUCUCAGCUCCCAUGAUCAGCCACUGGUGCAGGUCCUAUCUGAUGAGAAGAACGGCCGGCCCCACGGGACCCCCACCCGCCAAAACUCGAGGCGCUCCGAGGGUGGGGGCGACAGGUGCGAGUGGGGAGACCGAGCGGAUGGGGGAGGCAUCGGAGGCAGCGGGGGAGUUCUGCAGCGCAGAGGCUCGGCAAAAGAGAGAACCCGACUGCUGUCCUCUAAUGGAACCCAAUCCCAGCCGUAGGAGAGAGAGUGAGACCACGCUGCAGGAUGCCUGA